ACACACCAGUUUCGCGCUAAGUUUUGCCGUUAGUGGUCAUUAUUUCAGUGAAUUGUGCUCGACAGUGCAUGUCCAGUGUUCAGUGUACAGUGUCUGCGGAAUAUCUUAUCAUUUACGUAUCAUCGACAUCACCUGUUUCGUUUAUAUAGUGGGGGAGUGUUGGCUACAGAAAUAGAAUCUCUGUUGUCAUCAGCAUAAUAACAAUUCGUUGAGCAUUUUUUACAAUUUCCAAUUUGCUAAAUUAUUAUUUUACAUUAAAAACUAUCAUUCGACUUACAGGAAAAUUUACGUUUUAACCGUAAUUAGUAAAAUAAAAUAGAUAACGAUGCUAGGAUAAUUUGUAUGUAGUUUUGUUAAAUAUGAAAUGGAACCUUAAUUAAGGUAAUACCGUACUGCCUUAAUUGGUUUCACAAUCUUUCUUCUCUUUUAUUCUUUGUUGACAGGUAUACUGUACAACAUCGGCAGCUGUAUGAGUGUUUGUUAGUUUAUUAUAAUCGAGUGCAGUUUCUUGUAUUUUGCUAAUUCUGCGUUCAAUUCCCAAUUAUAAGAGGUCGACACAGCAGGGGUGUCUCGGCCGUGGAUACAGAGGCUAAUAUCUCCCAUGGAAUUUGGGUGACUGGAAGACGGGAAGUGGACAGUAUGCGCCUAUGGACGAAUUGGAGGAACUACUGGGGGCGGGGGCGGGGGGAGAGACCGGGAGCUGGGGGGCAGUGAGAGGUGACGAUGUCACGAGUACCACCCCCCCGCCCACCGCUGCCCCCGCUGCUGCCUCGCCGACGCAUCAACACACCAACAACUCCAUCAGAGCUCAAAUUGAAAUAAUCCCUUGCAAAGUGUGUGGGGACAAGAGCAGUGGGGUCCACUAUGGGGUGAUCACCUGCGAGGGGUGCAAGGGGUUCUUCCGUCGCAGCCAGUCCUCCGUGGUCAACUACCAGUGUCCACGUAACAAGAACUGCAUCGUUGACCGCGUCAACCGGAACCGCUGCCAAUUCUGCAGGCUCCAGAAAUGUCUGCGACUUGGCAUGUCCAGGGAUGCUGUCAAGUUUGGUCGGAUGUCGAAGAAGCAGAGGGAGAAGGUGGAGGAUGAGGUACGGUACCACCGAGCGGCCCAGCAGAGGGCGCAGCAGGUGGAGAUCCCGGACACCACCAUCAGCAGCUACAACGAGGGUCACCAGACCCCAUCCUCCACCGACCACCACAUCUUCCCCAACACUACUGGGUAUCCUUACAGUAGCAGUGUGGAAGGAGGUGUGUACAGUGGCUCGACCUACUACCAUCAGCAGAUACAGGAUCCGUACAUCAGCACGGACCCGUACACCGUGGACAGCACGACGUGUUAUGACCUGCCUCGUCCCAGUCUCACAGACAACAUACACACCGUCGACACCACCAAUAUAAUCUCCAAUACUAUCACUACAGGUGGUGGUAAAUGUGUGUCCCUGGGCCCUGUGAAGCUGGAGGUGGAGUCAGCCGUCACUGAGCCAGCCUCUCCACUCGUCACGUUUGUAGAUAGCACUACGUCACGCCAACUGGAGGAACCCACUCUACCCCAUCCAUCUCAGAUCACAGAACUACUGAGUAAGACCAUAGCCGACGCCCACGCCAGAACCUGCCUCUACUCCUUGGAACACAUCCACAGUAUGUUCCGAAAACCUCAAGACGUAACCAAAAUCAUGUAUUACAAAGAACUGCCGCAUGAACAACUAUGGCUGGAGUGCGCCCAGAAACUGACAACUGUCAUCCAACAAAUCAUCGAGUUCGCCAAGAUGGUCCCGGGUUUCAUGAAGCUCACUCAAGAUGACCAGAUAGUACUUCUUAAAGCUGGGAGUUUUGAGCUGGCCAUUCUGCGUAUGAGCCGUUACUACGAGUUGAGCCAGGAUGCUGUCCUGUGUACGGAUUCACUUUUGCCACGGGAAGCGUUCUUCACCACCGACCAAAGCGAGCAGAAGCUGGUGUCACUCGCAUUCGACGUGGCCAGAGGAGUUGCAGAACUCAAACUCACAGAAACAGAGCUGGCGCUCUACUCAGCUGUUGUGCUGCUCUCUCCUGAUCGGCAAGGGCUGAAGGGGCUGGCUGAGAUAACACGACUGGGGCAGGCAUGUCUGCGCGCUCUGCGUACGGAACUGGAACGGAACCAUACGAUGCCCAUCAAGGGUGAUGUCACAGUCUGUGAUGCUCUCAUGAAUAAAAUACCUACGCUUAGAGACCUCAGUAUGCUACACAUGGAAGCUCUUGCAAAGUUCAAAAGGACAACUCCUCACCUGGAAUUCCCGGCACUGCACAAAGAACUAUUUUCAGUGGACAGCUGAGCAACGUGUACCAACGAUAGUCAGACUGUGAGCAGCAUGCUGAGUUGCCACUCGCUUCUGAUACAACAAGCCCUCGACUGUGUGUAUCAACAAGACUAGCCUCCACACUUUAGUGUACCCAUCAAAUAAUUCAGUGAACUCUGAAAGCAGUGCAACGAGUGUUUUUGAACACCAUGACAACGCUAAAAUUAAGUUUUUUUAUAUUAGCUAUAAUUUAAUUGUUAUUCUUACUGUAGUAAUAUUUGAAUGGAUGUUGGGAAUGGGUUCUUACUAACACAUCUUGUUUUAAAAGAAGAGGAACUAGGAGUCACAUGUAUGCCUCCAAGGGCCGAGUGAUAGCUAAGCUAGAUAUUUUGUAAAGUACUGUAUUAGUAUAUAGUUCUGUUACGCCUAGGAACUGAGCUGAGCUAAUUUUCCUUCCAGUAAAGUUUAUUACUUGUUAUUUUGAUUAUUUGAAAGCGUAAGCUACACGGGCACGGGAGCUGCUGUAACUCGUGUCGUGUCAGUCGAGUCGAGGUGUCUCCGACAGUUAACUCGUCUUGUUUUGUAUUUUUGUACAUAUUAUCUUAUUUAAAGAGAAAUCUAGAUUGUUGUGAGUUUGUGUAUGUCAAGUUUUACCUUGUAGCAACUCCAUUGUUAAUAAUAUAAGUAAACUGGAAAGGGGAUUAAAAUAUUUUCAAGUUUGUUAAAUAUAUGGAUAAAUAUAUAUAUAAUAUUUAUAUGGAAUUAUCUGUGAUGUUGUUACAUUUGUUGAACUGGUACGAAGAAUUACCUCAGCUCGUCUAGACUUCCUACGAGUAAAGUACAGAUAAUUUAGAAUAGUUUGAUAUCGACACAGAUUUUGGACAUAGUUAAUUAUUCUAUUUGACUUUUAAAAUGAUACAUCUCGACUUGUUGUGUUUUUAAUAAUAUUUAAUAUCGGGUGAAUGUAGAGUUUUGUAAAACCAAGCCAUAAACGCUUUUCGGCCAGAGCGAUCGCUUUUCAUUCACUGUCGUCUUCAUCAGUCCACUUCCAUUUUGUUCUCUUAGACAAGGCCUUCAAAGAUUUCUACUAACGGAGUGAGAUUUGAAUGAUACGUUCACCUCAAUACUUUUUCCGAGUCCCAUCGACAGUUCGUUUCAACUCAAAACGUAAGAACCGCGUUGAUUUCAUUAUUAUCGUUUCACCUGUCUUUACGACAAAAGUUCACUUAUUCUUGAAAAUGUGAAAAUAUAUCUAAAGUAAGCUAGUUAGUAAAAUUAAGUAAGGAACAAUUUUUCAAUGGGACGGGUUAUGAGUGCGUGAAUCUGUGAUCCGUCUGUACAAGUGCUUGGCAGAAAUUGUUUUGAUAAUAGUGCCGUACGAUGUGAUAAAUACAUAACGUAAGAGAACUUUUUAUUUUUUUAUGUAUAUAUACCCUUGCAAAACAGAAGUGAUGAUUCUGUUUCACAAGACCUUGCCUGAACGCGUCGUGUAGUUAUACAAGCCAGUCUUAUCUGAUCACAGGCGGAGCUUGACUGACCUCGAAUUGAUGGAUACAAAAUAUAUUGAUAUACAUAUAUUUAUAUAUUUUCUUCAUAUAAUGACUGAUUAAGAAGAUGUUUAAUUGGCCACCCUCCCUUGUGUAUAGUGUGUAUAAACAUUGAUGAAAUUAAUUUGUGAGAACACAAAGAUCAGUAAUAAAGUACGAUUAUGUAAUAGGAAGAUGGAUUGUUCAUAUUUUUUAUUAGCUGCCACAGAGUGUUGUUUCUUCAUAUGGACCAUUCCGACAACUGCCUUAUCACAUCAGCUCUGAUCCAGAUGUUAUUGCCUCUUUUCAGAUACUUUUUCAAUAAAAUAAAAUGAGAUCAUUUUACAAAGUAUAGCAUUUUUAUCUGCACUGAUAAUAUAGGAAAUAUUAAAAUGAAUUAUUUUAUAUGAAUCCAUGAUUACUACAACGAUAAAAUACGCACAUUUUCGGCAUUUUUAAACCUUCUUCAGUCACUGUUCUUUAGACCGCUCGAUUAUAAAAGUUUAAGUUCUUUAAACCAUCAGAUAUGUUUGUUUCCAAUAUAUUAGUGCUCAUUGUCACACAUUGGCAUCAUUCUGAUAAAUAUUUAAAAUUAAUUUGCCAAUAUAUUCUAAUUAUAUAUUAUACAAGUAUUGCAAUGACCCCGAAUCCUUACACGAAUGCACAUCCUUGACUUGGUUUAUAGGAUCAAAUAAGACACUGUGACAGCUAGUUAUAUGUUGAAUUAGGUAAGAGUGAAAUUCAUGUUGGUCAUAAAAUUCUUACAGUUAAGAAAUAUAGAUAUAAAUAAUUAUAUACUGUUAAAGGGACAAAAAUGUAUGAUAAGUUGGAGGGAAAUAGUUUAUGUGACAUAUCAUGGUUUGAAAUAGGGGGGAAACGGAACAUAUUAUUUGGUAUGAUUUUCAGUCUAUUAUUGCAUAAAUAUGUGGUUUGUUUUCAUUUGAGCAAUGUAUGUGUAUAGUAUGGACGGAAGUGGUGGAUAUCUGUUGUUAGAUUGUAGUAUUUUCAUUAAUAAAAUUUGCUUUUACAGUCGAUUAAAUUGAUAAACACCGAUGAAAUAGUUAGUAGUGAGUGAUUGGACCAGUCGGAGUCGACUAAUAUUGUAGUAAAUAGUGAUAAGACUUGAGGUGCCUCCUGGUCGGUUCCAUGUUUUAUUUUUCUCAUGCCGUGACUCUUGCAUACAUUCACAGAAAACAUAAGCUUUUACAUGUUUAUAUCUUGUUCAAUGUACUUUUCAGAAAUGUCUCUUUGUAAAAUUGUGUUAUGUUUUAAGUAUCUCUGUGUAAUACAUAGAUAUUUUAAGUAGGUGAUAUAAUCUAUUAAUCUAAAUUUAUUUCUAUCUCCAGUAUAAACUGUGCAAAAGACUUUUAAGCAAAGACUGCAAAAGCUCUAUUAGAAAGUCCUAUGAGUACAAUUGUGAUCAAAGUAAGUUAACUUAGAAAUUGUGAAUAUUACUGUUUUAUUAUCAGUAUUCACUUUGCGUUUGUACUUAAAUUUCCACUGCCAUUGUACUUUUCACUUGACUUAGGACCAGACUUUAAAACUUACACGAUCUUGUUUGUUUUACAAUAGAAAGGCGAUCACUGUUAUGACGUAUUUUAUUAGUCUUAUUUUUGUGCACUGAGAGAAGCGUGUGUAUCGAUAGAGGUUUUAUAUAAGAAACGUUGGAAGUACGCGUAUGUAACGUAAUGUACUGAUUAGAGUACCUGUGAUGUGUGGUGUCGCCAAGAGUGCUUUGCAUUGUGCUGUGACAAUAGAUAUAGAGCCGUGCGGUGGCGUGUCGAGCGCCGCGUCGCGUAUGGUCCUGCUCCCGCAAGUGUCUUACGCAGGCAAUGUCUUAUGAAACACUCUACUUCUAUUGUUAAUCAUUCUUCAAUGUUACAAUGUACGCGAUCAUAUUACCUACCGUAUUACUCUAUAAAUACCAGCUAUUGUUUAUAUUCACCCUCACCGAGUUGAAUUUAUUAUUUUUAUAUGAGCUGGAAUGUAUUAAUUCGUAUGUUAGAAAUUUAUUGUACGUUUAUGAAAUGUUAUGACCGGAUGAAAUAAUUUAAUGUAAAUUGUUUGUAUCGGUCUCAUGAUCGAGUUUAUUUGGGAGGAUGAAAUACUUUAAGCUUUAUGAUAAUUAUAUUAAUACCUGGCUCAGUUCUCAGUCACAGCGUAUGUUCGUUCUGUAAAUAUUUUGUAGAUAUUUUGCAUCAACAAAAUUGGUAUUUUCCCCUUGUCCAGAACAACUGUUAACUGACAAAUGUGUUAUAUAAGUUCAAUAAAUAUGUUUAUUGGGUCCAUUCAGAAGUACAACUCUCUCAUUUCACCUUGUUUCAACAUUCAGCAGACUCUUUUAGAUGUAAGAUUCGUACAAAAACCCGAGCCUCAUUGCUGAAUACUCCCCACUGUUUUAUGAAAAUAUUUAAAUGUUUAUUAAUUCUGUUUUGUUUCAAAGCUGACUCUGACAAAGCUUUAAUAUUACAUUUAUUGGCAUUGUUUAUUUUUUCAUUUUAAAUUAUAAAGAUGUAUCUAUUCA